GUCUGCGCGUGCCAUCCGCCAAUUUGACCACAAGACAAAGAUAUGCUAAAACACUCAUCCGCUGAAGGAAAACACACCGCAUGGCUUGCGAAGCUACGAGCAACGCCGUAAGCGAAUAGCUAGGCUCUCGAACAUGUAAUUUCUCGUCGAUUUAAAUAGUUCGCUUUUAAUACUCUGCAACAAGUGGCUUCCUUGUAUUCAAAUAGACGCUAUUCAAUGACAAUAAGGCUCUUCGCUUGGCGCCAAGUGAUAACAAGUACAAAUUGGGAACUGUUGAGUUGAACUGUGUACAUCAGGGAGAGCUUCACCCGUUCUCUACAAAUCAAGGCCUUUAGAGAUCAUUACUUCAUCGUAAAGGCAAGUUUGAGGAGCGCAACCGUCUAAGAAAGAGUUAGUGAGGCAUUUAUUUCAACCUGGGUGCUCUCGAGACACGGAAACCUGAACCGAACGUGGCAACCUGCAGGUAAAGGCAAAGGUAUGGAGACGAUAAUUUGUAUAUUAUUUAUCGCCAUGGCAACGAAUAUUCACCAAGUGACCGGCCAAGUUCGCCGUUUGAUCGUAAAGGGUGAGAUUGUUAUUGGAGGUCUGGUACCGAUACACGAUCAUGACCUAGAGGAUCAAGCGCAUUGCGGAGAUCUUCACGAACGCAUUGGUGUCCAAAGACUGGAGGCCAUGCUCUUCGCAAUCGACAGCAUAAACAACAACAAUUCCAUUUUGCAAAAUGUCUCCCUCGGACUAGAAGUGUACGAUACUUGCUCCAGUGAGACAGUGGCUCUUGACAGGGCCUUACACUUUGUCCAAGACAGGGAGGCGAUCCGGGAACAUCAUACCACAAAUGGUUCCGUCAUGGUGGGUGUAAUAGGACCAUCUUUCAGUUCCAUCUCCGUGCAAGUUGCACAUCUGUAUCGCUUGUUCCAGCUCCCGCAAGUGAGCUUUGAUUCCACGAGUUAUGAGCUGAGUGAUAAAACGAGGUUUGAGUUCUUCUCUCGUACAGUUCCACACGAUCUGUACCAGGCAAAGGCACUGGUAGACAUCGCUAAGGUUAUGAACUGGACUUUUGUAUCAGUUAUUUAUAGUGACGAUUCCUACGGCACGCUCGGCUAUCAAGCCGUCAAAGAGGAAGCAAAAAAAGCAGGUAUUUGUAUCGCUGUAGCCGAGAAGAUUGAAAUGUCUAGCUCUGCCGGUACAUUUCAUUUUAUCAUCGAAAAACUUCUGCAAGAGCCUGAAGCCAGAAGCGUGGUAGUUUUUAGCAGUCAGGAACGACAAAUCCGUAAUCUCCUGCAAGCUGCAAAGAGCAAAGGAGCAUCCAGGGCAUUUCAGUGGUUGGGAACAGACGCCUGGGGAAACAUGUUGUGGUUAAAGGGCUUGGAAGAUGUGGCAGAGAACACAAUUACGGUUACUCCGAAAACUGUGGAACUCAAAGCUUUUUCCGACUAUUUUUAUCAUUUGAAGCCUAAUAACAACUCCAGAAAUCCAUGGUUUAACGAGUUCUGGGAGAGACAUUUUAAUUGUUCGCUAUAUAACGAAGUGAAUGGUAAAUGUAGCGGCUUAAAACUUAACUUCACAAACAGUCCAGUCGAUAGUCGUGUCGCAAGCGCUAUGGAUGCGGUCAACGUGUUUGCACAUGCGUUGGAUGCUAUUCUGAAAGAUAAGUGUCCUGAGGCGAGUGGUGUUUGUGAACGCAUGCGCAAUAUGUCGGGAAGAGAGAUCCUGAAAUAUAUCAGAAAUGUCUCUUUUACGGGAAUGAGUGGUAAUCAUAUGCAUUUCAAUGAAAAUGGUGACGUUGACGGGCAAUUCGACAUUCUCAUGUUCACAAAACAUGGAAACGAAUACAAAACUGUUCAAGUUGGCGAAUGGGACUCCCACCGGUUAAAAGUGUAUUCGCAGGCUGUGUCAGGUUUUAGGGAAGUGGCAUCCUCUUGUCAUCCAGUAUGUAAGAACAGAGAAGUUAGAGUGCCUGUUGUUGGUAGAGAAUCCUGCUGCUGGACUUGUAAUUUGUGUAAUGGCAACCAUUAUAUAGUAAAUGACAGCAUCUGCGAGCAAUGUCCUCUGGGAUACCAACCAACGUCCGACGGACGCUCGUGCUCGAAAAUCGACAUCAUGUAUUUUGGAAAGAACUGGAUCAUAUCUCUGCCAGCCACCGUUUUUGCGGGUAUAGGUGUGGUGUCAACUCUCUUUGUAAUCGGUGUGCUGAUCAAAUUUGACAAGACACCGUUAGUAAAAGCGUGUGGUCGUGAACUCUCCCAUCUCCUGUUGAUUGGAAUUCUGUUGGCUUUUAGUGUGACGUUUGUUACAAUACUGGAACCUACAGAUGUCACUUGCAUUGCGCGUUUCUUUGGUAUCGGUGUAGCUCUCACAAUUUGUUAUGCAUCCCUGUUUAUAAAGACGAACCGCAUCUCCAGAAUUUUCAAUCGCAAGAACUUGGCCCGUAGACCGAUAUUAAUCCUACCUUUAUCGCAGCUUGUUCUGGUCGUUGGAGUGGUCUCGGUGCAGAUUUUACUCUUGGUAAUGCUUGCACUUCUCCGAACGCCGCGAGCUGUAUUUUAUUACCCAGAAUUCUCCUCAGUUUACCUCGAUUGCUCGACCUCAAAUCUAGACUUUGGACUGUCUCAAGUGUACAACUUUAUACUAAUCACCAUGUGCACGAUUUACGCAUUCAAGACAAGAAAAAUUCCUAGUAAUUUCAACGAAGCGAAAUACAUAGCUUUCGCCAUGUAUUCAUCGUGUGUAGUAUGGCUCGCUUUCUUGGCGGUGUAUUACAUGGAACAAAAAUACGAACUAAAGCCUUUGAUCCUGUGUGUUAGCGUUUCUUUGAUAGCCUUUGUUCUCCUGUGCUGCCUUUAUGGCCCCAAGGUGUACAUCAUCCUUUUUAGACCACACAGGAAUGUCCGGAGACACGUAAACCCGAGCUUGAGUUUGUCCAGUUUGAGCAAAGAGAAAGGCCAGAAUUCCAAGUCUACGCAUGCGUAUGUCGGAGUAAACGAGAAUGCUGAAAACGAGGGUCAGGAAGAUAUCGCUGGUAGCAGCGCUGAGGAUGCAUUAGAUAAGCAGAGGAUGAUCAUGUCGUCAGAUUCUAGCAAAUCUGCCUCAGAGGCGUGCCGCGAGGAAAACAGUGUCCCCACUAAGAAGCUUGAGAUGGAGAAGCUUAUUAAGCAUUUAAGAAGAGAGUUAAUCUCUACUCGAGAAACGCUCCGUACAACACAAGACCAACUUUUCAGGCGUAUGCAGAAUGGUCGAGACUUGAGAGAAACGAAUUUGCCACAAGGAUACGAGAAAUUACAAGCAAAUAAAGGUGAAGCUCAUUCAGGGAAGACUUUAGACAACUGGCCGAAGGAAAAGACACCGAAAGUUUCAUAUGAAGAAGAAAACAAUAAAGUAAACAUGCUUCAUAAACAAAAGGACUUCAAAGCAACUAAAAAACAGAAAUUUUUGCGCGGGGGAAAACCAUCUUCAUCUCAACGAAGGUUGUUCGCUUGCGUUCCACCUAAUGACGUCACGGAAAAUAAGGAUGUGGAAGGCGAGGCUGCUGACCGUAAUAUUACGGGCUCAGAUAUCGGCCGUAAAACACAUGUUAUGAUGGGUAGUGAAGCUGACCGAGAAAUCGACCAAGAAAAAUGGAAUGAUAGAGAAAAAAGAUGUACAAAUGAGAGAUAUGUUGAUGGUAGAUGUUUUAGUGACCAUACUCCUCGGAGGAGCAGUAACACAGACACGUUAGAGACUGGACGAAGGAAAUCUGAAUCUGACAUUGACUUUAAAACUGAAUUGUUGAAUCAACAUUUAUCUGAAGAGGAGGAUCAAAAAGAAGGCGAACUAGAAACAGAUCUGCUGCGCAAUAAAACUCCAUGUGAAACGUGUCAGUUGCUUGUGAAUGAUGAACAGAACAAUAGGAUUAUUUGCACCGCAUUUUAAAGAAAAGCAGCUAACCAGUUAGAAUGAUAAAAAUUAAUUCGAAAAGGGAAUCUUGAUUUAAUUCAGUGAAGAAGCAAUUGGGUUUCUGCCCGCCCGAAAAGCUAGCUGUUUUUCGGACGCUCGAUUCAAUUAAAAGGAAGGGAUACAGAGCUGUGAACACAAUAAAAUAAAGCAACCUGCUCAAAAUG